UUCUGAUUUGGUGAGAGAGUGAAAUUUGAUUUGUUGGGAUUUAUAAGUGAGAGAAAUCAACACCUUCGCCUUGUUUUCUGUUCAGAGGUCCUCUUCUCCACUCUAACUUCUUUCUGUUAUUCUUAGAAAACAAAAGAAAAUGGAAAACGGGAGAAACGGCGUCGUUUCAGCGAACACCCUUCUUCUUCCUUCUCCGGCCAACAAAUACCAGCAACGCAUUGAGUUGGUGAAUUUGGGUGUAAUGGAAAGGAAAAAGCAUCUUACCACGCACACUGACAAAUCCAGAAUAAUCGGACUCCUCAUUGCGAGUGUUCUUCCACGCCGCAUCCUCCACCGCACUCUCAUCUCCGCCAUAUCCGCCUUCUCCGCUUCCCUUCUUCUCAUCUUCGCCCUAUUCUCUCUCUCUAUUCCCUCUCCGACUCCGCCUCACACUCACAAUAAUGCCCGAGUUAGAUCACUCUUGGAGACACAUCAGGAUUCCGUGUUUGCUGUUCCGACGAGUGGAGGAAGUUGCAAAAAUGAUUUAUGGAGUUCGAGGCGGUCGCGCCUUUUCUCUGGUUGCAGUAUCGCUGGUGACAAUUUCGCAAAGGCCAAUGUCAAAACUCAUCCAGAUCGAUAUUUGUUAAUUGCCACCAGUGGAGGUUUAAAUCAACAGAGAACAGGGAUAAUCGAUGCUGUCGUGGCUGCAUAUCUUUUGAAUGCUACACUUGUCGUUCCAGAGUUGGAUCAUGCUUCUUUCUGGAAAGACACCAGCAACUUUUCUGAACUGUUUGAUACAGACUGGUUUAUAACAUUUCUGCUGAAUGACGUGAGCGUUGUAAAACACCUUCCGAAUUCGAAAGGGAAAUUCAUGGCUCCAUAUACGCUGCGUGUUCCAAGGAAAUGCACCCCCAAGUGCUACGAGGAUCGGGUUUUACCCAUGCUGGUCAAGAAGCGAGCUGUUCGGCUAACUAAGUUUGACUAUAGACUUGCUAAUAGGUUGGAUGAAGAUCUACAAAAGCUUAGGUGCAGGGUUAAUUACCAUGCUCUCAAAUUUACGGAUUCCAUUCAGGAGAUGGGUCAUUUGUUGGUUGAGCGGAUGAAAAUGAAAAGCAAGCAUUUCAUUGCUCUACAUUUGAGGUUUGAACCAGAUAUGCUUGCAUUCUCUGGUUGCUACUAUGGCGGGGGAGAAAAAGAAAAAAAAGAACUUAGUGAAAUUAGGAAACGGUGGAAAAAUUUACACGCAAACAAUCCUGACAAAGUUCGACGACACGGAAGAUGUCCACUCACCCCAGAGGAAGUUGGUCUUAUGCUAAGAGCACUUGGUUUUGGAAGUGACAUUCACUUGUACGUGGCAUCUGGCGAAAUAUAUGGAGGUGAGAAAACGUUAGCUCCCCUCAAGGCUCUUUUUCCGAACUUCCAUUCAAAGAAGACUAUAGCUACCAAAGAGGAGUUGGCACAAUUUGUGUCAUUUUCUUCUCGCAUGGCUGCACUAGACUUCAUAGUUUGUGACGAGAGUGACGUUUUUGUUACAAACAACAACGGUAACAUGGCCAAAAUUUUAGCUGGAAGAAGGAGAUACUUUGGUCAUAAACCCACCAUCCGCCCAAAUGCAAAGAAGUUGAACAAGUUAUUCAUGAAGAAAAAUAAUAUGACCUGGGAGGAAUUUGCCUCUCGAGUUCGAACUUUCCAGGUAGGCUUUAUGGGAGAACCAAAUGAGUUGAGACCUGGCAGUGGUGAGUUUCACGAGAAUCCAUCAUCUUGCAUAUGUCAAAACUCGUCAUCUGAGUCACUUGAUAACUACGAAAGCAGUAAUAGAAAAAACUGGGCUGAGGAACAGUUUUCAGAGGAAGAGCUGGAGUGGUCCGGGGGAGAUUGUUUGCAUUGUAAGAAACAGAAUAGGCUGAAAGGAAUUAAACUUGAUUCAAUUCCUCUUCUAGUGAGCACAAGCCAAGCUGAAUUGCAAGAAUUCUUCUCUGAUUAGUCAAAGAUUAAAUUCCAUCUCUAACUCUGUUACGCAGCAACGAGUCCCUGAUUUUCCAGUGACCGUGGUAUGCUUCCACACAUAACUUGAGACAUUUUUUCAUGUAGCUAUAGGAUAGACUAUUUUAGAGUUUGAAGUUUCUAACUGAAACUCACGAAGGACUUGAUAAGGCAUUCUUUUGUUUUGUUGUACAUUUGUCCCUACUUGAUGCUAUGUUAGUGAUAAAACAAAUAAAUCAUAAAAGAAUAAGUA